AUGUCUGCCCCGGUUCCUGAUAGCACCGACAAGUUCCCCCGCUUGGGCGGGUUCUUCUCGUCGGAGCACUACCCUCAAUACGCUCCCGUCGACGUCAAGACCCAGACCACCCAGAUCCUUAAGUUCGGCGGCUACACCACCGCGUUGGCCUACGGGUGGUUGUACCUCUUCAAGCGUACCACCUUCAAAUUGGGGUUGCCCCUCACCGCCAUCGCCUUUGGCGCCACCGCCACUGCUACUAAAGGGAUGGUGACCAACCUCAGAGAAAAGAACGACGCCUGGAACACGUUCUGGGGGGUACUCGUGGGUAACACCGUUGUCUUGACCGCGGGCUUCAAGCUGAUGCCGUUGAGAAACAAGGUGUUGACUGGCCUCGCUGGUGCCGGUAUCACCGCUGUUCUCGACAACUUCUUCCACGCUGAGUCGGCGUCGCUGGCGGGGCAGGACGCCAAGUUUGUCGCGGCCAACGGCGACGAGAAGUUGCCCAAGCAGCAGUUCUGGGACGUGUGGCAGAGAAGACCGUUGCUGCAGACGGUUGAGGAGUUGGGCGUGGGCCGCGGCAUCGGCAAGAGCCUCUGA